CCGCCCCGCUCCCCGCGGUGCGGCGCCGAUCGCGCUCCGGGCGGGUUCCGGUGCCGGUGCCGCCAUGGUGGGCCCGGGCCCGGGCGCGGCUCCGCUGGAGAACGCGAACCCGCUCAUCUACCGCCGCUCCGGGGAGCGCCCCGUGACCGCCCGCGAGGAGGACGAUGAGCUGCCCGACGCCAUCGACGACCGGGAGAUCUUCGAUCUCAUCCGCUCCAUCAAUGACCCCGAGCACCCGCUCACCCUGGAGGAGCUGAACGUCGUCGAGCAAAUGCGAGUGAAAGUGAGAUCCCGCCGGGAUG